CAUCUUUUGCGCUGCCAAGAAAUAGAUGCCGCAACCUCUCACCGUCAUGGGCGGGCUUGACAGAGAGCUUGUUGCAACAUCAUCAUUCCAGGCGGGAGGAAACUGCUUGCUCUAGCGGUUUUGAACUGGCUAUCCUACUGCGCAAGUAGGUGAGGCAUGGUUUGAGGGGGAGGGGGACAGCUCUCCAACCUGCCAUCCAUCUCGUGCACCCAACACCUGCUUCCACUCCACCAUGUCCGUUAUACUCUGUACCGCUGGGUACGAUCAUACCAUACGAUUCUGGGAAGCCCUCUCCGGCAUCUGCUCUCGCACCAUCCCACACCCGGACUCCCAGGUGAACCGCCUCUGCAUCGCCCCUGACAAGCGCUACCUCGCCGCUGCCGGGCACCACACGGUCAAGCUCUACGACAUCAAGUCCAACAACCCCAAUGCCGUCCUGACCUUUGAGGGACACACCAACAAUAUCACGGGCGUGGCCUUCCAUUGCGAGGGGAAAUGGAUGGUAACCAGUUCCGAGGACGGCACCGUCAAGAUCUGGGACACACGGCAGGGAACAGUGCAGCGCAACUACGUACAUGGGGUUCCAGUCAACGAUGUCGUCAUCCACCCAAACCAAGGAGAACUGAUUAGCUGCGAUCGAGGCGGCAAUGUGCGCAUCUGGGAUUUGGGCGAGAACAAGUGCUCGCAUCAGCUUGUUCCUGAAGAAGGUGUGAGCGUUGCGAGUGUGACAGUCGCGAGUGAUGGGACAUUGCUAUGCGCGGGCAAUAAUGCGGGCAACGUCUACGUCUGGCGCAUGAUACAGCGCCAGGACAUCACCUCCCUCGUCCCGGUCUGCAAAUUUGUUGCCCACCAGACUUACAUCACCCGCGUCCUGCUCUCGCCUGAUGUGCGUCAUCUAGCAACCUGUUCAGCGGACCACACAGCCCGCAUCUGGUCCGUCGACACUUCGCAACCGCACAACGCCGGUCCGCAGGACAACCUCCCGGCAGAGCGCGAUCCCAAUGCAUUUCCCCUGGAGACCACGCUGCACGGUCACCAACGUUGGGUAUGGGACUGCGCCUUCAGCGCCGAUUCCGCCUACCUGGUAACUGCCUGCUCCGACCACUUUGCGAGGUUGUGGGAGCUGAGCAGCCAAGAGAUCAUCCGUCAGUAUAGCGGUCAUCAUCGCGGUGCAGUGUGUGUGGCUUUGAACGACACCGCUGUCGGCGGAUGAUGGCGCCUUUGCAUGGGCCCCACUCUCUGUUUUGCUCGGAAGAUCUCGUGUUCGGAUAUGCAUGAUAGCCGUGUUCUUGGGUCUGAUGUCAUGGAGACUUCAGGGCGCAUGGCGGCCCUGGGCCGGUCUUCUGGGCGUGGAUGCUUUUGAGCUGGAUGCGAAAAUAUCCACGUACACCUGGAGGCUCCCAAGUUUUGUCUCUGAUGCAGUAGACUUCCGUCUAGACUAGGCGCUUUGGGGUCUGGAAUAGCAAUCAUCUCCUUCGAUAUGGAGACAGUCAUUUAUGACACUCAAGACCCACAUGACCAUGUAUAUAUCAGUGGAAUGACAUCACCGUGAGACUUCGUGCCAAUGCGGUCAAAGCUAGAACAGAAA